UAUAAACUGUGUAAGGCUUAUGCUUUAGUUAAUACAUACGAAGCUCUGUUUCAGUUUAUCCUUCUGUUCUUUCCUCCAAGAGCUUUCCCUUCAACUCAAAAUUAUCUAGAAUUUGUACUCUAUAUUUAUUUUCAACAAACUGCUCUCCUUUAUGCGAACAAGGAAGAGACUCAGCGAUGCUGCUCUCCUUUGUCUUGGUUUUGAUUCCUCAGAUCUACUUGGCGGCUUUGUCGAAAGACCAGACGGUCUCAGAUCUACGCAACUGCUCUUGCCGUAAUCUCCGACAAACUCCAUCAGGAACUCCGACGAUGGCAGCCUCACUUCUUUAUGCGAAUGGAAAGAACAGAAAAAGAAAAAAAGAAACCAAGAGAGAAAGAAAUAACCAAGGAAAGGAAAAACGAAGAAACAAAGACAAAGAGGGGCAACGAAGGGGAUUAGGGGAAGUCAGGUCCCUGCGAAGAAGAUGCGGAAGUGAGGACAUGGAAAACUAGAGAAGAAAAGGAAAGAGAAAAAUAAGAGAAAAAGGAAAUGACUGCAAUGUGACUUGCCACGUGGCCGCCACAUGAGCAGUUAAUCAGAAAACCGGUUGUUGAUCUGCUAAAAACCCUCAAUUGAAUGUUUUGUAAAAGUUCAGGGGUUUACUUGGGUGUUUUCAAAAUGCAAGAGUCUAAUUGACUUUUCUGAUAGAGUGCGAGGGCUUAUUUGAGAGUUUUCUCAUAGUAGUUCAAUGUAUAUAUCUUUUCAUGUACUAUCUCCGUAUUUUUUUGUUUGCUACAAUAGGUGUUGGCACAUUUUUUAAGAGUGAAAUUGUAGGUGUAAUGAAUAGUGUAAAAAGUAGGAGAGAUGGUGGAAAAAUAUGAAAGAGAAGAUAAAAAGUAGAAAAAGUAAGGAUAGUUGAGUAUUUUUAUAGGAAAAACAUACCAAAAAG